AUGGUGUCUGCGCAAUAUUUGUUCGCGAACCACGACUCUGCACUGCUUCAGCACGUCAUGUUGGCAGCAAGCCUCCCGCGACAAGCAGGUGCAGCAUGCAGUGACAACAGUCGCACUGCAAUCUUGACUAUGACGUCUGCAUUUUCCAAAGUGUCUGGCGUGAUCGAUGAUGACGAAGAGGAUCGUCAGGAGAUCAGUCAGCGAGCACAGGCCCUUUACCAGAGGGCGCAGGAUGCAUACACUUCCAAAGGUUCGCAAAAGGACGUGUUGAGGCUGUUUGAGGAUGCAGAGGCUGCCAUGCGACCGCUGCUCGGUGGGGGUUUGGCCAGCUUGAAUGCCCAGGAGUUGGAGACAGUGCUGAAAGGACGGCUUCAUCAGGCAGUAUCCAUCGCGCAGAUGACAGAGAUUCCAAAUCGUUGGACUCGUGUCAAAGAGCUGUCUGAGGACGUGCUUCAGUUCGACUUCAACAACACUCAUGCGCGCUGGCUGCGGGGUUUGGCGUUGAAGAGCAUGGGCAAGACAAAAGAGGCUGAAGAGGAGUGCCGCAGGGCGGUCGACUGCGCUCGCUCUCAGGGCAAGGAUGGCGAGGCCCAGCAAUGGGACAAGGAGCUCCAGGAGACCUUUGGGGGUGGAACCGCCACUUCCAGGACGCCAAAGGCGACGCCGCAGGCUGCAGCCGCCGACGCUGGAGCUGCCGGAGGACAAGCCGAAGCCCAGCCAGCUGCGAAGAAGGCACCGUCGCCGGCGCUGCAGAAGGGCUUCUUCAAUCGAACAAGCCGGAAGACAGAGGUGACGGAUCAAGGAAAGGACGGCGACGAGGCUAAGACAGCCCGCGACGGUCUCAAGGAAGGUCAUGCAGCCAAGCCAAGUGGUAGGGAGGUUGAGUUGGAGCAAGAACUCACCAGCCUGCGAAAGAGCCUCCAGGAUCAAGAGGCCGAACUGAAGAAGAAAAUUAUGUCAGCGGAAGCCAGGCAUGCUGAGGAGCAGCAUUUUCGAGAAGGCAGCGAGGCCUGCACUCCGCAGUUGGAGAACUGUAUUCAUGCGGUUGCUCCGAGUUCGUCAAGCUCGAGCUCUUCAGCUGCACAGGUCGCCGUCCAACAGGCAACAGAGCGCACACAGGCCGGCAAAGCCUGGGCAGAGAAUGAGCAGCAGCGCUACGUAGAAUUUUCCACGGAGGUGCUGACUCUUCAAGAGAUGUCGGUGAGGGAGUUUCGUGAACAAGAGGAUACCGCGUCGAAGCAAAGCAAAGAACUUCGCGAGCUUGCCAAACGCUUUGGCGACCUUCUGAGGUCGGUGAAGCGGCUGGACGGGUUUGUCAGGGAGCAUUCUUCGGGACGGGAGAUAGCAGACCCAGAUGUUCAGCAUAUGGCACAACAAGUUGCAGACUUCCACAGCCUCCCCUGGACGAGUAAGCUUUCUGCCAUGCUUGACGAUGGAGCACUCCUGCGAAUCGUUGCCAUGUUUUCUGUGCUUGGCAUGAUGUUCGGCUUAGCGUUGGUGGUGGAGACUGGAUUCGCAAAUGCGUGUUCGCUGACCUGUCGGCGAACUCAAGACUGA